AUGCCGCACAAACACAAGAGAAAGCGCGGCGGUGACGACGAUGAAUACGAUCUGCCACCGUCGCAAAAAGCCCGGCCGCUACCUGUCUCCACGAACAGGCAGAACGCGAAGCAACAAGCCCGAGACGCCACCACCAAGCAGCGCAGGGGCCGCGCCUCGGACAACGAUGCCCCACGCGCGUUCCGACGGCUGAUGGCCAUCGCACAAGGGAAGAAGACAAGGUCGGGCCUCGACGACGGCCAGGAGCCAAGCUCCCGCAAAGGCAAGGGCAAGGAAAAGGGCAAGGAACCAACCACCACAGCCGAGGACAUGCCCGAGGCGCCGCGUAUCCGCCCUGGCGAGGACCUAAGGUCCUUCGCUGCCCGGGUCGACGCUGCUCUGCCGGUGGCUGGCCUGACCAAGAAGACCAAGAUUAAGGACGGCAAGGACGAGGCGGGCCUCAAGGUCUUCCGCACGCGCAAGGAACGGAAGAUGCACAAGCUCUACGACCAGUGGAGAGCCGAGGAGCGCAAGAUCCAGGAGAUGAAGGAGGAAGAGCUCGAGCUCGAAGCCGAGCGCGAGUUGGAAAACGACGGGGCUGGCGUCCUGACAUCCUCUGCUUUCAUGGACGCGCCCCAAGACGCCUCUGGGAAGAAGAAGAAGGGCCGCAGGCGGCGAGGCAAAGUCGAACAGGACGACGAGGAUCCGUGGCUUGCGCUCAAGAAGAAGCGAGCAGAGGCAAAGGUCGGACUGCACGACGUGGCACAGGCGCCGCCAGAACUCCACAAGAAGAUACGGCAGCAGCUUAGAGUUGGCGACGCUACAGUUGACGUGGACAGCGUGCCCAAGGCCGCGGGAAGCUUACGUCGGCGCGAGGAGCUGCAGACGGCACGAAACGACGUGGUGGAGGCGUACAGGAAGAUACGCGAGCACGAGCAGGCCAAGCUCGACGCUCAGCGGAGGAAGAAGUAG